AGACCUACUCAGGGUUGUUCUGCGUCACUGUGAACCCCUACAAGUGGCUCCCAGUAUAUGAUCCAGUUGUUGUGGCUGGAUACAGAGGCAAAAAAGAGAAUUGAAGCCCCACCCCACAUCUUCUCCAUCUCUGAUAACGCCUAUCAGUUCAUGCUGACUGAUCGUGAAAACCAGUCCGUCCUGAUUACUGGAGAAUCCGGUGCAGGAAAGACUGUGAACACCAAACGUGUCAUCCAGUACUUUGCAACAGUUGCAAUGACUGGACAGAAGAAGGCAGAGCCUGUUCCAGGCAAAAUGCAGGGUUCACUGGAGGACCAAAUCGUUGCAGCCAACCCCCUGCUGGAAGCUCAGGAAUGA